AUGACGCUUCACGUGCCCUGCGAGAUCAGCAUCCCAGCCUGCGCAGCCCUACUCCUGCACGCCGUGGUCCUCAGACGCUUUGAGGUAGAUCACUUUACGCUUCGACUCUGCGUUACAUCGCUCGCGGUUCAUAUCGCAUUCGCCUUCGCCUUCGGCCUCACAACAGCGACAACCACAGCAGCGUCGUUCUUCGGCACGCUCACAGCAGUUAUACUCAUUUACCGCGCGUUCUUGCACCCUCUCCGGCAGUUCCCAGGACCUUUUGCAGCCAGGCUGUCGAAGUGGUGGACCGUCGGGCAAAUCCUGCGGAGCGACUUCCGAUAUCAUAAGAGCGUUGUGCCGCGGCUUGGGAGGAAAUACGGCGACUACGUCCGCACCGGGCCAAGGGAGCUCCUCGUUUUUGAUGUGGCUGCGGUGAAUGCUGUCCUGGGAUUCGGCUCGAGGGCGGGCAAGGGGCCCUUUUAUGACUCGUUUGAGCGGAGUUUACACCUGACAAGAGAUAGAACGUGGCAUAGGCAGCGGAGGAAGGUGUGGGAUACCGGGCUGAAGCAGCUGCUUGCUGAUUUUGAGCCGCGGCUUAGAACUUUUGCUGAGGAGCUUGUGGAGAAGAUACGGCGCGUGGGGGCUGAGCCCGUCCCGCUGAACGAAUACUGCAUGUACUUCGCGUACGACGUGAUGGCGACGCUGGCGUUUGGGACGCCUAUGGGGUUCAACGCCGGCGUUGCCAGUGAAGAAGGCAAGCGCGUGCUCGCGGCGCUGGCGCCCGUGCCGUGGUUCCUGAAUACCGUUGCGGGCGCAACGCAAGAACUUGGCCCGCUCGCGCAGUGGACGGCGUGGAAUCGGGCACGCCUCGUCGAGCGGCAAGUCAUGCAGAACCCGAAGCCUGAUCUCAUGCAGUACCUCCUUGACGUGACACCGAGGGGCCCGGCAGGCGAUCUAGAUCUUCUGGGGGAGUGUCGUCUGAUUAUCGGCGCGGGGAGCGAGACGAGCGCCAGCACUCUAGUGUUCAUCCUUGUGCUGCUCGGUGUGCAUGUGGAGUACCAGACCGCGCUGAGAGAGGAACUCGAUGCGACGGAAGCGUUCUCAGCCCGGAACGCUCACCCGCUGCUCGACGCCGUCAUCACCGAGACGCUGCGGCUCUGGCCGGCGCUACUUUGGGCGACACAGCGCGUCGCGCCGCCCGAGGGCUUGCGCAUGAACAACAUCUUCAUACCCAGCGGCACCAUCGUUGCGAUCCCCGGGUGGUCCCUUGCACGGGAUGAGCGCAACUUUGUGCGGCCUGAGGAGUGGAUUCCUGAGCGGUGGACGAGCCGGCCGGAGCUUUGCGUCAAUAGAGCAGCGUCGAUGCCGUUUUCGACGGGGCCGUAUUCUUGCGCAGGGAGGCAGCUGGCUAUGCUGCAGAUUCGUAGCGUAGUUGCGCGGAUUGUGAGGGAGUUCGAGGUUGUGCUACCGGAGGGGUUUGACGAGAGGGCAUUUUUUGAUGGCGUACAGGAUCGCAUCACGGCUGCUGUGCCGAAGGUGCAGAUCAAGUUCGUUCCAUUGGACGUUUAGUGACUUUGUAUGUGUGGCGGGAUACUAUCAUUCAAAAUUUCCCUUCCCCUAGCCUGUGGUGAGCCAAGGCAACAAGGCGUUUC